AUGGCCUUGAAUCUCGAAAAGCAGCUUCUGUUUUAUGGAGCCUAUCACAAUAACCCAGUCAAUGUUGCGAUACACAUCACAUGCGUGCCGAUUCUCCUGUUCACAGGGAUCGCUCUGGCGUCGAACACACCGGCUUUCGUGAAUCUGCCCGAUGCGCUGCAGAUCCAAAACCUUCCUCCUAAUCUCGGAACGAUCGCAGCCAUCAUAUACUCCACGUUUUACAUCCUCCUCGAACCUGUUGCUGGGGCACUGGUCGCUCCCCUUAUAAUCGCCGGUGCAGCCUGGGCGAACCAUCUACUGGCUAUAUAUGGCAACAGCGCCAACUAUUGGUUUGCUGGGAUCCAUGUAGUGUCCUGGCUCGCUCAGUUUGUCGGUCAUGGUGCCUUUGAGCGCAGAGCUCCGGCCUUGCUGGACAACCUCGUCCAGGCGCUUCUUCUGGCACCUCUCUUCGUCUGGAUGGAAGUGCUCUUUUUCUUCGGCUACCGUCCGGAGCUGAAGGCCAGAUACGAUCAGAAUGUGGAAAAGCAGAUUGCGGCUUUCAAGGCGCAGAAGGGCAAGACUGCCAAAUAA